UACUCGAGGUGGCUGGGUGGUUGUUGAGGGUUGCGGCACUUGUGAUUGGUGGACCCCGUCUCUGGUACUCAUGACAUUCUCGCACCCAUGUCAACCAAUAAAGGAACGUACAAGUUUAAGCCGCUGGUUUUCCAUCCAGUGAGGCCUCGGGGAAACCUCAAGGAUGGGACGCCAUUACCAAUGCCAAGAAGUGGCCACCGCAUUGUUUGCCAUGGGCUGUCUUUCUAUUCAUUUGGUGGCUACAAUCCCAAGAUAUCCACAAACGAGUACUUAGAUGACACCUGGCAAAGAACUCAUCCAUUAUUCCAAGAGCUUUGGCAAUUCAAUACUGUGAGUAGCACAUGGACAAGAAUUGAGGGUACAGGCAGAAUGCCUGAAGAAUUAGCAUCUCAUUCAGCUGUCCAGCUUGGGCCUAACAUGCUCGUGUUUGGAGGAACAGCUAUGCCAUUUGGGGAUUCUUCUUCAGAUUCGUUGUACAUGUGUCACCUACCUACUGGUAAAUGGCAGAAAGUGGUCACACACGGGAAAAAGCCUGAGCCUAUGUAUGGGCAGGCUGUGUGUCUUAGUGACGAUAAGUUAUAUGUAGUGGGUGGGACCACUGGCUUUCAGUACAGCAUUGAUGUUCACUGCUUAGACCUUAACCAAAGAAUGUGGGAGCACCUCUCUCCACAUGCAGCAAGCCCUAAUGCCAGUCCAGAGGAGAGGUAUCGUCAUGAAAUUGUAGAGCAUGCAGGAGCACUAUAUGUGUUUGGUGGUGGAAGGUCAGAUGCUGCGUGUGACCUGACUUGCCUGCCAACUUUCAUGCUAUCAGAGCGGGUGUGGAUGAACACUCGGACGCGACCUGAUGUUCGUAGUGGCACGUACCCUCAGGCUAGAAGAUGCCACAUAGCCAGUAGAUUAAAUAAUUAUGUUUACAUCCAUGGCGGUUAUAAUGGUGUAGAAGCAUUUGCAGAUCUUUGGAGACUAAAUUUGACAACGUUUGAGUGGCAGAAACUACCAUGUAAAUCACCAGUACCACUCUACUUUCAUUCAGCAGCUGUAACAGAGGAUGGAUGCAUGUACAUGUUUGGAGGAGUGAAAAAUCUCGAGGAGAACAAGCGCACAGCGAGAGUGACCAAAGUGUGGCUAAAUGUAGGAAAACUUCGUGAUAUCUGCUGGGAGGCGCUCUGUCACUACACUCCCAACCUGCCUAGUUUACCGCCAUCAUCUCUUCUUCAAAUGGGUAUUCCUCAGUAUAUUGUGGAAUGUUUGCAGCACCAGACCCCUGCAUACGGAUAGGGUGCUUGUGAAAACAUGUCGGCUAAGAAAAUUGGUUGCACUGAUGGUAAAGAGAAAGUGAGACUGCAAACAUUUUAUGAAGUGUAAUCAGUUAUUGUCAGCAUGAUCUUCUUCCCAACCACCAUGUAAUUGUAUCUAUAUUGUGUAUAUAUUUAAUUUAUCAAAUCCUAAAGCUUUUUCGUUGUCAUCAAGCAUCCUAUGCACAUUAAUACAUAAUGUGUAUACAGUACUGUGUAUAUAUGAUAAAUAAGUACAGUAUUCUCUUAUUUAGGCAUUCUCUCAUUGCGUUUAUAUUUGCAAUAUUAUGAUUUUAACCUCAUCAGCUGCUUUUUCAACCAAAUUAUCUUGCUUGUCUCAAAUUGGCCCCAUGGUCUGUGUAACACUCGAGCCUCCCGUUUUAUUUUAUACCGAUUCCUAUCCUUAACCUCAUCACAGCAUUUGAGAAAUUCUUUACUCAUAUCCUCAGUCUAGGACUAGGCAGAAGUGAACAAAUUUCUUUUGAAUUGAUAAAAAUUGUGACUUGUUUAUUUUGAAAAUGCUUGAGAAUUUGUAAUAUUUGAAAAUUUAUCUGAAUUGUCUGAAAAUUUAGCAGAUUUUAAAAUUUCCUUUUAUAUACGGUAGUUGAUCAAACUACACACUAGAAAGUGAAGGGAUGACGACGUCCCUUCACAAUCGACUUGAGAAUGGUCCAGGACGGACCGAAACGUCGUCGUACCUUCACUUUCUAGUGUGUGGUUUGGUCAACAUAUUUCAGCCACGUUAUUGUGACUCCUCGUCUGCAUAUAUGGUAGUAUUUCUUUCCUGUGUGUCAUAUUUCUGUAUCAUUGUAUAAGGCUUAGAUACAAUAAAUAGCAAGAUCCAGCCUAUUCUUCAUA